GUCACGCCUCGUUCGCUAGAGGACGCUGUACAGUUCUUUAGAUGGCUGACGUAGGGCUGACGUAGAAGGUCAUGUCUUGAAGAGAGCAAAACUGCAUGAUACGUUAUGACAAUAACAGAAACAAACAUGCAGUGAUGACUUCUCGGCAGCAUUUUAAAAUAUUCUUGUAGAAACGCUGCGGCAUGGAGAUUUAGCCCACAAAGACGCGAACAAGUUUAUCAUCAUUCACUCUUACUUGGGAAGUCGGUGACCUCUUCAAAUCUCCCCAAUGUCUUCAGGCUGUCCACCCCAGUCACCUGCUGUGGCAAAGUCUGAGGUAGCAGUAGAGGGAGAAUGUCCGCUGCUGGCUGCCACCUUUGCCUACUGGGACAACAUCCUGGGUCCACGUGUGCGACACAUCUGGGCACCAAAGGGUGACCAGUUGAUGUUCCUUAGCGAUGGAGAGGUCACAUUUUUAGCCAAUCACACACUUAAUGGGGAGAUUCUGCGUAGUGCUGAAUGUGGUGCUGUGGAUGUAAAGUUCUUUGUCCUAGCGGAAAAGGGAGUCAUUAUUGUGUCUCUGAUCUUCGAUGGUGAGCUGAAGGGGGACAAAAACACCUGUGCCUUGUCCAUUAUCCUGCCUCAGACAGAGCUGGCUUUCUACCUUCCUCUGCACGCCAUCUGUGUGGAGAGGCUAAAGCAUGUUAUCCGCAAGGGACGCAUUUGGAUGCAGAAGGGCUACAACAUCAUCUCAGUGCUGAGCUUGGAGAUUGUCCCCAUCAUGGAGCUGUUGGCCUCGAUGAAGACCCACAGCGUGCCAGAAGACAUUGAUAUAAAAGACACCGUGCUAAAUGAUGAUGACAUCGGGGACAGUUGCCACGAGGAUUUCCUCCACAAGGCCAUCAGCUCUCAUCUGCAGACAUGUGGCUGUUCGAUAGUGGUUGGAAGCAACCCAGAGAAAGUAAAUAAGAUUGUGCGGACUCUCUGCCUCUUCCUCACCCCGGCUGAGAGGAAGUGCUCUCGCCUCUGCAAGGCUGACUCUUCCUUUAAAUAUGACACAGGGCUGUUCGUUCAGGGUCUGCUGAAGGACUCCACAGGCAGCUUCGUCCUGCCCUUCCGCCAGGUGCUCUACUCACCUUACCCGACCACGCACAUCGACGUCGACAUCAACACCGUCAAGCAGAUGCCGCCGUGCCACGAGCACACGUACAACCAGCGGCGCUACAUGCGGUCUGAGCUGAGUGCGCUCUGGAAGACGGACAGCGAGGAUGACAUUCCCCCCGACACAGUCAUCCACACUGAUGAAACCUUCACACCUGACUUGAAUAUAUUUCAAGACGUCACGCAUAAAGACAAAUUGGUGAAGUCAUUUAUAGAUGAGGUGUUCAUGCUGAAGCCAGGCCUGUCCCUGCGGAGCACCUACCUGGCCCAGUUCCUGCUGCUGCUCCACAGGAAGGCCCUCACACUGCUCAAGUACAUCGAGGACGAAACGCAAAAAGGGAAGAAGCCAUUCCGAUCCUUGCGCAAUUUAAAGACAGACCUGGAUCUGACGGUGGAUGGAGACCUGAACAUUGUUAUGGCCUUCGCUGAGAAGCUGAGGGCAGGACUGCACUCGUUUGUGUUUGGAAAGUCAUUCUACACGAGCAUGCAGGAACGAGAUGUACUCAUGAGCUUUUGAAUCUAUUCUUCACCUGCACUUUUUUGUGUUGGGCAACUUAUUGAAACAGACAUAUUGUAGUGUGGUUUUAUUGUUAUAUGAAUGCAUGCAUGAGCAUGUGUGCUCUAUGAGACAAGACUGCCAUUAGGCUGAACAUUUAUUUCCGCUUUGCCAGAAUGAAAAUAAGCAUUUUGCCUUACUUUUGUGUUUUAUUUAAUGCAAGUCAUGAUUGGAGUCAUUUGAAUGAUUGUUGCUGCUGUUACGGGCCAUUGGAAUUGGUUUUGUUAUACUGCCUUGAUUAACUGUAAGCGUGAUGUUUUUAGAAGACUUAAGUUAUUGUCUGCAGGAUGAAUUAUUCAUGUAUUCUAUGCCUUCUGUUAAUAGAGAAUCUGUAAUAAUUUAUGGUGUUAGAAUUGGCUGAAGCACCCACCACAUUUGUAGUUUAAUUAAAUGUUAUAUUUAUUAAAAUAUGAGCUAUUAGUUUCUUUACUGCCUGUGUUUUACAACAACCUCAGCUGGUCUCUGAACCUUUUGAACUUGUGCAUAUCCUCUAAAAAAUUCAAUUACUGAACCAGUGUGUUGAAUGUGAAUGGUGCAGCUGAACAAGGUUGUCAGUAAUCAAGAGGCCUGGGGAUUUCAUUAAAGAACAAGACAAAAACACUGUAAAUAAAAACAUAUCACAAUC